UUCUAUGAGUCUGAUUGGUUAGAGGAGCGUUUCUCUUACUCUGAUUGGUCAACGGCGUUCACGUGCAUGAUCACGCACUCUUGUUGCCAAACUGUGGCCGUCUUCACGAGAGCAUGAAUACGCAAAGCUUUUACAGCAGUAAAAUUAUUCCAAAUCAUCCCAAUUCAUGUUUAUCGAUGUAUUUUUUAUUUGUGAUUUAUAAUCUUCAAGAGAUGAGAUUCGUAGAGACUUAGCAAGCGUUCAUUUGGCGUGAACGCACAUGUAACAUCUGUGAUUUUUUUCACAUCGAAUGACCCUCGUGUUUACUUUUUAAUGUCCUUUCGGGUGUUAUAAACAUGCAUAAGUAUCUACACGUUGUUCUUGCUUUUGUGCACGUAUUGGCGGAUUCGGAUUUUGCAAAACAUGAUGGUGCCCCUCCUUCUAAAAUAGCUGUUGUGGGGGCUGGAAUUGGAGGAACUGCUACAGCUCAUUUCCUGAGGCAGCAUUUUGGUCCAGAAGUGAGAAUUGAUGUGUUUGAGAAGGGGUCAGUUGGUGGUCGUUUGGCUACUGUCACUGUAAACCACCAAGACUAUGAGUCCGGUGGAUCAAUCAUUCAUUCCCUCAACUUGCACAUGCAGGACUUUGUCCAACAACUGGGUCUGAAAUACCGUAAGAGCGUGGCUGGGAAAACGGCAGUAUUUGGUGGAGAGGAGUUCGUUCUGGAGGAAACGGACUGGUAUCUGCUGGAUCUGUUUCACUUGUGGUGGCGCUAUGGGAUUAGCUUCAUCCGCCUGCAGAUGUGGGUGGAGGAGAUCAUGGAGAAGUUCAUGAGAAUCUAUAAAUACCAGGCCCAUGGCUAUGCCUUCAGUUCAGUAGAGGAGCUGCUGCACUCUCUGGGGGGUUCAGGAUUUAUCAACAUGACCCGACGCUCUCUUUCUGAGUCUUUGUUAGAACUGGGCGUUUCCCAGCGCUUUAUAGAUGAAGUCAUAGCCCCAAUCAUGAGGGUCAACUAUGGCCAGAACAUCAGCAUCCCAGCAUUUGUAGGUGCUGUGUCUCUGGCUGGUGCACAGGCCAAUCUUUGGGCUGUGGAGGGAGGGAACAAGUUGGUUUGUUCAGGUCUGCUUAAACUAGCAAAGGCAAAUCUCAUCCAGAGUCAGGUUACAACCAUUGCCCUCCAGUCAAUAGGAGAUUACCACCAAUAUGAGCUCACCUACACCUCUCAAAAUGAAAGGACAUCAGAGCUCUACGACAUCGUAGUAGUAGCGACGCCUCUCCAGCAUAAUGUGAAUUCGGGCAUCUCAUUCCAGGGCUUUGAGCCUCAGCUACCAGAAAUGGUGGGCUCCUACCACCAAACUGUUGCCUCCAUCGUCCAUGGCUACCUGAAUUGCACUUACUUUGGCUUCCCCGACCCUAAGCUUUUUCCAUUUGCCAGCAUACUUACCACAGACACUCCUGGACUCUUCUUCAACAGUGCUGCUAGUGUUUGUCCGGUCAAUAUAACCUCUGGUUUUCGCCGCAAACAGCCUCAGGAAGCUGGAGUAUACAAGGUCUUUUCUCCAAAACCUCUAGAGAAGAAUGAGCUGAAAACCCUUUUUAAGUCCUACUAUUCAGUGCAGGUCACAGACUGGUUGGCGUACCCUCACUACGGAAGCACCCAAGGUUUGCCACCAGUGGUACUGCAUGAAAGCUUGUACUACCUUAAUGGCAUUGAAUGGGCUGGGAGUGCUAUGGAGAUGAGCUCUGUGGCUGCUAAGAACAUAGCGCUGUUGGCCUACCACCGCUGGAAUAGACAAUUGGAAAUGAUUGACCAAAAAGAUCUCAUGCACAAAGUGAAGGCAGAACUGUGACAGACCCAUUCUACAAUGAUAUAGGGACAUGACAUAUUGUCAAAUCUAUGUAAUGUUCUGGCCUGAUUCUGGAUCUGUCUGACAGUAGCAAAUUGUAAAGAGACCUAAUCAACCACUGGUUACUUCAGACAUACCUCUCAAUCUACACUAGGUCCAUUGAGUAAAACCAUUUGAAACAAAAACAUGUCUCCAUCUGUGAUUCCACUCCACAUAAAUACUUGGUACACUGCAAAAAUAAUU